AUGUCUGAACACGGUGAAGUCGAGGUCGAUAUCCCCGCCGGGGUCUACAGCUCCCUGCCCAAGGAUGCUCUCGCCGAGAUGGGAACGGUGAAGCUCUUCAACAAGUGGAGCUACGAGGAUGUUGAGAUCAGGGACAUCUCCUUGACCGACUACAUCCAGAUCCGUUCUCCCGUCUACCUUCCUCACACCGCUGGCCGCUACGCUGCCAAGCGUUUCCGCAAGUCUCAGUGCCCCAUCAUCGAGCGUCUCACCAACUCCAUCAUGAUGAACGGCCGCAACAACGGAAAGAAGCUCAUGGCCGUCCGCAUUGUCGCCCACGCUUUCGAGAUCAUCCACAUCAUGACCGACCAGAACCCCCUCCAGGUCGCCGUUGAUGCCAUUGUCAACUGCGGUCCCCGCGAAGACAGCACCCGUAUCGGUUCCGCUGGUACCGUCCGUCGCCAGGCCGUCGAUGUCUCCCCUCUCCGCCGUGUCAACCAGUCCAUCGCUCUCCUGACCAUCGGUGCCCGCGAGGCCUCUUUCCGCAACAUCAAGAGCAUUGCUGAGUGCCUUGCUGAGGAGCUUAUCAACGCCGCCAAGGGCAGCUCCAACUCCUACGCCAUCAAGAAGAAGGACGAGCUUGAGCGUGUGGCUAAGAGCAACCGGUAA